AAUUUUUCCCAAGAAAACACUGAAAUUUCAAUCAAAAUAUCCUUUCAAGGAGUUCAGAAAAAGUUUGAAAAUUGGUGCUUUGCUAUGAGCACUUGACGUUCUCAAGUCAAAACCAUUUUUCCCCAUAGUAUUUCCAAACAGUGACGAUGAUGGUGUCGGUCAAGUACAUAUUAUUUGUAAUACUAGUGAUUUUACCAUGGAGUUUAGCAGCCGAACAAGGAGACGAUAAAAAACUACAAAAAUACAAAAUAAACGAUAAUGAGUGGAAAAAAGCACAAGAUAUCAUUAAUAAACUUGUGGAUGAAAGUAUAGCUAGCAGAGUGACCGAAGCAGAAAAGGACAUGACGAGCCUUCUCCAGCAAAAUAUUGAGGAACAUAUCAAGGCAAAAAGCAAGGAAUACGUCAAAGACUUAAAGAAAGGUUGCGAAGAUAGAAUGGAACAUUGUGAUGCAUUGGCUGAAGCUGGAGUCUGCAAAACAUCCAAGAAAGCAAUGCAGCAACAUUGUGCAAAAACAUGCCAUCUUUGUGAAACCCAGUACAUCAAGAUUARUCCAGAAGUGGAAAUCGUAAUGAAGCCUAAGUCUUCAAAGCCUGCAGCAAGUCUCAUAAAAUCCGCGGAAGAAAAUGUAAGCCAAAGCGUCAAAGCUGCAGUUCUUCAUAAUMUUUUUGCUUCUCCUUCAAACUCUGAUUCAUCGAUGGAACCCUUACUUUCCCAGCAAUCCUCAGAAGGCAUGAAAUAUCACGAUAACAAAGACCUGUCUACUGAAAAUGAGAAGAUCAGAGAUGCUCAGAAACUCCUUGAAUAUGUCAAAGUUUUACACGUCAAGAAGAAUAAAGAAAGCGUACAUGAAAAUGCUGCAAAGAAACACGUAACUAAAAGACCCUCAAAGAAGUCAAAAACGAAAAAGAUCCACGGUGUACCAAUGGAUAACCUUUCAAAGACCGUCACAUACAAAAACCAAAAGUACAAGAUAACCCCGGUCGUGGACUGGAAAAAAAUCUCUAAAAUGCUCAAGUCACUUGGAUAUAAAGCCAUYCACAUUGUUGGCAUGAAAGACAAGCAUCUAGAGAAGGGGAUCAAAUCUCGACUCCAAAAGACCGGCCUUAUCAAAGUGACAUCGGGAAAGAAACACAAGCCCCACGCAGCCAAAGAGACUCUUGUAAAAGCGAUACACAGAGAAAAAUCUUAUCGUGACCCAAUAUGGUUCAAAAACAACUGCCAUCCCUUUUGUAAAGCAGCCUGUAUCAGUUCCUGCAAGCUGGGUUGCUGCAAAGACUUCGACAAAGUUGACAAAAAGACGGGUCUUUUAGCACACUGCCAUCCAUACUGCAAGAUAAACUGCGCAGAUUCAUGUGGAGGUGGAUGCUGCUCAGCCGAAGCAGAGAAAAAGAGAGCGUACAAGCUGAAAAAUUUCCAUAACGAUAAGAAUCAACUUACACCGACAAAAAAAGCAACWUCUGCAAAGCCAGGUUUUCGUCUCGACGACAUCCACCACUUCGAAAAGCCACAUCCUCCAAUAGUUAACCCCAAAUUGUAUUCCCCUGAAAUGUACAAGCCACAACCUAGACUUUGUCCUAGCCCCUGUCCUCAGAGCUGUGCACCAGCUUGUAGUGACGCAUGCUGUAGUUUUGGUGAUUACGCACACCGAGACGAAGCAAUACAAGCAAACCAUAAACACAACCCUGGACUGGUUCCCAAUACUCCAUUCCAACAUUCCCAURKUAUCCCACAAAAUGCUUACCAGUGCGAUGAAUCGUGCAAGUUCCGUUGUGACUCAAACUGUGCUGAUGACUGYUGCCAACCGGAAGGAUUAGUCCAGCGUGCCGCUCGUCUGCAGUCACCAUAUUAUAAUUUCAAUACGCAACAACAGCMAAUGAUGGGSUACAACCCUGCCAGUCAAAAUCUCGAUCAGGGYGGAAUGUGCCCAGCCGGAUGCCCGAGUACGUGUUCACCAUCAUGUACUCCUGACUGCUGCGCAGCAGCACUAGGAAUGCCUAUGGAUGAUCAGCCUGAUUCUCGAUCGGCAACAAGAAAGGUUAUUCACAUUCAGCAUAUUCUUCACCCCGUCGACAGAAAAGGUCUUGUGCCUGGAACCUGCCCAACUUAUUGUGGAAAUCAUUGCACACCAGUUUGUGCAAGAUCGGGAUGUUGUGUGAAAUAAGUAAAUGAACUAUACAGAAAUGACAAAACACCAAAAGCUGCUGCUACUCGUUGGACAUUUGUAUAUAUUUAUUAAAACAUUUCUUUGGAAAAUACUUGUUCACAUACAUGUACAUUCAAAUUCACCAGGAAGAAGUCCAUAAUCGGGCAUAUAGUUUUAAAAUAUGACUAGAAACAAUAAAGUAGAAGCUAGAUUUUGACAUGCAGGCAGUUAUAUGGUGCAAACAUACAGUAUAUGCUCUACCACAGUUGAUCUAAAGAAUAACAAUAAAUACAGUUGACAUCUUUCCAUUUGGCAAACAACUAGGAGCAGACAACAAACAACAGUUUAAGGAGUGAUUGUAACCGACUAAGCCUCAGUUGUCAGUAAAAUUAACGAAAUCAGUAGCUGAAUGGUGAAACAUUAAAAUKGAUUGUGCACGUCAUAAAAGCAUUAGCGAUCACGAACUGAAGGACAAAUCAAUAGUCACGUAUAGAUAAAAAAAUGUACUAAAAACCUGCGAUUAUAUGUACAUGAGUGUAAUUGUAAUUUUUAAUAAGUUUACAAAKGUGGAUAUUAUUUGGUAAAUGAUAAGUUAUGAUAACUAUAUAUACUCAAAGCCAAAUGGGAGUCAUAAGGGUACAUAGUACUCAAUGAAGGAAAGGAAUAAGAWUAGUAUUGACGUGUAUUGCCGUAGUAAUUCCAAAUAAAUAUUGUUAUUUUGUACAGA